UUCGUCCUUUGGUGUCAUUCCAGUUCCUUUUUGUCCCCGGAGAGGAAUAUUUUCCGUCGGUUCUGCGUUUUUAGGCCGUAACCGAUUGUCCUCCCGCCUCGCCGCUUACACCCCCCACCCUCCUGCCUCCCUGCCCACCGCCCCUCAUCUAACCGAAGCCGGUCAAAGGUCCAUUACCGGCCCUGGCUCUGGCUGCAGUGCGGGGCCGUGCGCACGUUUACAGCAGCACAAGCACAUUAUGGAUUAAGUGUGAUCCUAACCCGAUAACAUCUAUAUAACAGAUGGCUCCGGCUGCCUUCAUCACGAGAUGUUUUCAGACUCUGCGAGGGUUAAUUGAAACAGCAUGGCCUUGAAGGCAGGCCUCUCUCUCUCUCUCCCUCUCUUUUUCUCCCUUUUCUUUUUUUCCCCCCUUUUACUGGCAGAAAGCUGCAGAGGAAUCCAGAUGAUAAUCACCGGGGAGUGGAUGUUGGGACAUUGUAAAACUUGCGCGAGACAGUUUUUUUUGCUGAUUUUAUUCACUUGUUACAAAAGCGAUCGCAAACAAAUCCCCAGCGAGGAGGAGUUUGCUAUCAAUUUCACUCCACCACCCCCACGCGCCUCCUUCCCUUCUCCCUUUUUCUCCUCUCGGUGUUUAAAUUUUAAACCCACAUCAGCAAUUACACCCAGCGAAGCACACAAACCACACCAGUGCCAAAGUCUCACAGCGAUAGGCACCGAGCCAACAGUGACAUCACGGCUCCACAGCUGAUGUCAUGGCAGAGGUGAAGAGCUUUUUUUUUUAUUUUAUUUUUUCCUGGUCCUUCUCGUGGAAGAGCUGCGCCAGAGUUGACCCUAAAAGCCCCCCGGCCUUAACAGAGUUACCGCCGCUUAAAUAGAGGUUGUGACACCAGGGGUCUUUAAAUAAAAAAAGUGAUUGAUUCACGUGAUAGUGCGUCCUGCCCCGGGGUGACACUUCAUUACACUACUACUACUACUAGUACUACUGCUGCUGCUGCGUUUACUGCCCGUUUCAUCCUGCAGGAGCGUGAAGACAUGCACGUGUGUUGAUUAGAAGGUGCUGCUGGAAACGCAGAGCCUUGCGAAAUUGCGCAAAUGUGUCAAACUCCCAUCUAUUUGAAUCUGAUUGGAUUCCCCAACUCUGAGCCCCUAAACAGGUAAGGUCCAGACAAAACUACCUCCUCUGAAAAACAAGCAGCUUAAGUGUGCUUGCACGCCACACUGUUCAGAUUUCCACCUUUUAAAAAAAAAAAAAAAAAAAAAAAAAAAAAAGAAAAGCAGCAGCUCCCUCCGCUCCAAACUUCUGCACCACUUCUCUGCUCUGCGCUGCAGUUGUUUCCCACUGCCGCGUUAUGGGCGGUGCUCCAGCCUGACGAAUCGCUUCUCUGUUUAAAUAGUCAAGUUUCCUCCUUCGCUCACAUCUCUCUUUAACGCCAUGUUGGCUGUUAUGGCUUGACUUGUUUUCAUCGGGCUUUUUUUUUUUACUACGAACCUGACAGGAGUGGUUGCGUGAAGGGAAGAAGAAGAGAAAAAAAACACCCCCGUUUCUGGAGACAGUUCGGGUUUUUGUUUUGUUUGUGUUUUAUUAUUAAGGCGUAAUUUGGAUGGUAGUCGCGGAGGAUGCGUGCGUCGCUCGUGUGACUGUAUUUGGAGGGAGUACUACUUUGGAAUAGCAGUUUUUAAAGGGACCGACACCUUGUUUUUUUUUUUCCUCCCCUUUUCUUCCCUUUUCCUGCGGGGUUUUUCUUUUUUUUUUCUUCUUUUUUUCCUCCUCCGUUCUCUCUCGUCAUAUGUGCAACAACAUGUCAGACGUUCGCCUCUCGAACGCGAGCCCCACGGUGGAGCGGGUGGACGCGCGGCCGCCGGACAGCGCCAGGUCGGUCCGCAGGGUGCUGUUCGGCACACCUGACCCGGAGGAGACGCGGAAGCAGGCGGAGGCGGUGCAGCGGCAGUCCGAGGAGGCUUUCAGGGACGCGUACAACUUCGACCCGGUGGAGGACAGGCCGCUCUCGCCGGGGCUCUUCGACUGGCAGGAGGACGAAGACGCGCCGGAGUUCUACCGCCGGCCGCCCCGGGGGAGCCGGCCGCCCCGAGGGAACCAACCGCCCCGGGGCGAAGCGGGCGGCGGCGGCCCGGAGACCGGGAGGGAGAGGCGGUCGGCUCGCACUAACGGUUCGCGGAAACGAUCCUCGGAAUCCGCAGGUCUUUGCUCUGACGAUUGCACGACGAACAGCAAAAAGUCGCAUUCCGACAAAGACGACGAUGAAGAGCAGGCGCUCGGUGCAGGAAGCCAGGCAGAGCAGCAGCAGCAGCAGGAGGAGGAGGUCCCAUGCUGAACGGUGCCAGAGUGCUGAGACCUGCCCGCUGUAGGCUGCCUCCCCAUCUGACAGAAGACAAGGAGAGAAACAAAGCAGCUUUAUCGGAAAGAAGGGAGGAGGAUCAGAAGGCUGCACAAGCACUGAAUAUGUACACUAUUGACUUUUGGCACUCAUAUUUUUUUCUAUUAUAAAAUUGCCUCAAAAGCAGCAGACAAUGUAGCAGUGUGCAAAUUGAAUUUUGCUCAUAUUUUAUAUAUAUAUAUAUAUCUGAAAAUAUAUAAAUAUAUAUAUAUAUCUACUACCUAUGUUUCAGAUGUAGCAAAUAAUUGGUUUUCAUACCUUUUUUUUGUGUAAAUGUGUGUAUGUUUGAGUUUGACUCAGGGACUUGCAGUGCAAUUCCCAUCAGAGAAAUUUGAAAGUUAUUUAGUAUAAAACAAAAAUGCUAAUUUGUGUCAUUAUUCAGGUAUUUCAUGUAAGUUUUUAUUAUUAUUAAUAUUAUGAGAGAGCGAGAGAAAUGCAGAUUUCAAUCAUCAGGGUCACAUGGAAGCAAAAAUGUUAACUUUUUCUACAGUGUUGAUGUUGAAGGCCCCACCUGGUCCGCACUGUGUAAGAUGAGGCUCCAUGAAUCUGGGAACCGCCAUGAUAGAUAAAAGUUUACAGUCUUCUUAUUUCCCCUGUUUUCAUUCUAUUUCAGUUUCUUUCAUUUCAUUUUCCAAAUGGGAUCAGGUUUGGGAGGGAGGUGGGGUUUCAAAUUCUUAAAAACUGCUGAGUAAUUUCCACCAUUUUUUUCCUUUCUUUUUUUUUUUUUUAAGAAAUGUUUGCAAAUAAUCUUCUAAAAAAUUUUAUUUUGUUAAAUUCGGUGACUUUCCGUUUCAGUGACAUACUCGCUCCCCCCUCCAUAGGUAGGUGUGGUCCAGGGUAACAUAGAUGGGAAGACUUGUUAAAAACCACUGGGCUUUUUUUCUUUAUGCAAAUAUGUGAAUCAGAGAAUGGUGUUUGUGGUGUGACAUUCAUGUGGAACAUGUAAUUAAUUGCACUAUUCAUUUCUCAUUUAAGUGAGGGCAGAAAUACAAAGUGACACUCAUUCACUUUGUGUAAAACUUUGAAGUGUUUUUUAUUUUAUUUUAUUUUUUUUAAAAAAAACACUGUAAAGCUAUACUAACUUAUUUAUGUCUUUUUUGUGGGUUAAUGUUUAGCUUUCCAAAGCAACAUUUUGUGCAUUCUUGUAAAUAUAUAUUUUCAUCAUCAUCAUCAUCAAUUUUUUUUUUAAGAUGAAUAAAUAAAACUGAGUCAAAUAAUCGCUGUUGCAUAUUUUACCUUA